AUUCUUAUUUUAAUAAUUUUCUAAAAAAAACCGACUUGUGGCCAAAUUUCGGGCCCGCUAGCCCAGUGUGCUAUGCAAUAUUUAAGACCAUCGUGCUUAAAACAAGAACGAACGUCCUUUAAUUCAGCACUGUUUUUUUUGAGUGUGGCUGAGUGUCGUUUACUAUAGCGUCAAAAUAUAUAUGUUCUAUUUAAGUUAUGCACAGACGUUAAAAAUGGAAAGCAAGUUUAUGAGCGUCUAUCCUGGAGCUGGGACCGUGGCUUUAAGGCGCGUCAUGGAUGCUAUGUCGUUGUUCUAUGAAAAGCGUUCAGCGGCACACCGGCGCAAACACUUUAUGGUUAUCCAAUGUCCACGGCCAGGACUGUGUUUCGUAUUUCACGGAAUGAUUCUUAGUGCAUGUGAGCAUUUUGCCAUAGAUUUUCUGACAAAACAGGGAAGUGAAAUAUGCGACGACUGUGAUGUGCUGCUCCAAAUAGGAUCACGACUUCCUCAAAACUAUAUUACGCGCAACUCACGGCUAAUGGGAAAGUGGGGCCCCGAGGAGAAUUCAUCAUAUCUAACAUUUCAACUGAACCGUGGAAAAUCUUUUUGGAUGCAAAUAUUGCUUACUGAGGAGUGCUUUUUCAUUUCAGUGAAUGGCUUUCAUUUUGCAAAAUAUAUUCACCGUAUGCCUUAUCGGUGGCUUGAAGCUGUAGACGUUCUUGGGGAUGUUUCCGAUAUUGUAAUCGAUACGUACUACGUGUCAGAGUAUCCUAUACGCCUAACUCAUUCAUUGCCUCGACCUAUUCCAUAUCUAUACGAUACGGCAGUUACAAAAUUUCUCCAGGAUGGACAGAACCUACAAAGCGAAUGGAUUGUCUUGUCUUCUCUAGCAAAAAUGUCAUCUAAAAAGUACUUGUAUAAGACAAGCCUUCCCCUUCCCUUUUAUGGAAAGCUGUUGGAAGAUCAGAUCCUCGUUGACGGAUGUGCACUUCGAAUCGAAGGACGUGUACGUUUAAUGCCCCAAAGGUUCAGUAUAGCGUUCCAGAAAGGACAGGAAAUUUGGCCGCAACCGACAGUUUCGUUUUAUUUUAGCCCCUGCUUCUUGCGAAGUAGACAUGAUAAAAUCGGUAAGGCUAUAAUCACAAGACGUGCCUAUUUAAAUGGUGAGUGGGUGAACUGUACAGUGUCCCGCCUAAAUACAAGUCUUAGACCAGGCGGCGCCUUUGUCAUAGUAAUUGUAUGCCGAGAUAGCUACUACGAGAUUUUUGUAAACAACAAGUCCUUGUUUCACUUCAAGUACCAAAUGAAGCCCGAUUGUGUUGAUAUUGUGAAUAUCCGUGGAGAUAUUAAGCUUUGGGAAGUGGUAAUCGAAUCCAGCAAAAUGGUUAAAAAGCAACAACGAGGCCGUACGGCUGUGGAGCGAGCUAUGAGUGCCUGGAAGCGCACAGGAGACCCGUAACUUAAAACAAAACUAUUACUAGCCACACCCCUUCUGGGUGGUUUAAUUAUUAAACCACUAUUCGAAAAACUUGUUUAUAAAAUUUAUUAAAACCACGUCGUUACUCGUAAAGUAAGAGUGCAUAGUGUAUUCGUUGAAAAGAAUGUAACAAAUAAACGUUUCCCGACCCUAUAAAGUAUACAUAUUCUUGAUCAGGAUAAAUAGCCAACUCAAUCUUGCCAUGUCUGUCUGUUACAUUCUUUUCAAUGAAUACAAUAUACCCUUUACUUUUUCAACUCUGGAAGGUUUAACUAUUAAACCACUAUUCGAAACCACUUGUCUAUCAAAUUUAUUAAAACCUCAUCGGUGGUUUGGGGUCUUAUUCCGUUAAAUAACGUUUUUCACCUGGUUUUCAAUCCAAUUUUAUUUUUUAUCUCCAGUUCUGCUAAGGAGGUUUCCGAAUAUAGGCGCUAGAACUCGACAAACUUUGAAUAAAUUGGUAAAACUGAAAUUCCGACAACAUAAAUUAAUUCUUAAAAAAUUCACACCUGAAAACCGAAAAUAGUUGUAUUAUUUUAUCUUGAAGAUGAAACAUUCUCGAGUUUAACAAGCUAUUAACUUCAAAAAUCAGCCGGUAAACCGAUUAAGAGCUUAAAAAAAAAGAAGUGUUUCGCUUUCAUCGCCCUUUCUCCUGAACCAAAUAAUUUUCCUUAAGUCUUGGUCUGCAAUCCCUUUAGUUAUAGCUCGUGUACUACUCGUUACGAUCGGAAUAAUAAUUGUUAAAAGUCGGAGCAUUCGACUUUAGAGUUCCUUCUUGUUGCAACUUGCAAUGUUAGCCAAGGCAAAACAAAGGACUUCAACAAUAUCCAAAUAAAGAAUUUUGAUUCGAUCUUUACCUACCAAACACACAUGGCUGCACCAAGUACUCUGCAACUAAAAUAGGUCUGCGCUCUGGAGUUAAGGCUUAGGGCACCGCGCAGCGCCCAGCUCAUAAAUGUCAAGGUGCUGUCGACGUCAAGUGAGCGUCUGCCCAUAAGCAGCACGGGUAGCAAAAGUAGACGCCGCUUUGCCAGCCAGUCCGCGCUUCUGGCCCCUUGCAGAGCCUCGGAAAUUGAUUAUUAAAAAUGAUAAUCGAUUAAGGACUCAGUAUGGCCGUUUUGCCAGAGUCGUCACUGAUCAGGUUGUACUCAAUUGACGUUUAUGUCUACAUGUGUUUCCCUAGACAGUUGACAUUGUUUUGUCAUGGCCAGCAAAAAGCGGCUAAAUAAGCCAAGCCUGAAAAUAUUUCCCAAGGAAAUAUGCAGGCGCUUGCCAAGAAAAAACAAAUUAUUUAUGGUUCAAGUUUGUUGGAGCCUCGCUUGUCCUGGACCAUAAUGCUAAUGAAAUGGAUUACUUAUGACAGAGUUUGAACUUCGCUAAACAGCAUCACUUGGCAAGUUGAUAUUGCCAUGUCUGUACGUUAUAAAAGAAUAAAGAUAUAUUUAUAUUUUAGGUCCAAUAUUAGGCACAACAAUAGGUACACAUUCCUAAGUAAACUUUCCAUAUUAUUUUCUUUACUAAUGGAGUUUGUAUAAAUUGUAUUUGUUAAAAAAAGCGUUUCCGACUCUAUGAAUAUUCCUAAUCAGGAUCAAUAGGAGAGUCGAUCUAGCCAUGUCCGUCUGUUUGUCGUUGUAUGGUUGAGCACUUAAUAUGUAAAAUUAAUGAGAUAUAAGUUUAGUUCACGAAAACGGCGUUCCCUUAAGUUUGAAGAAUUCAGAGUAAGAUUGAAAACAUUCCGACAAAAAACGACCAAUCAACUGGCAUUAAAUUGGGCUGGCGGGCAGAGCUGAGCUGAGAAAUAAUCAGUAACAAAUGCAUUCGCACCAAUUUACAACAUGAUGUUGUCCUCGCAGGCCUGCGCCGCUUAACCAGCCGGCAAAAAAUAAGUAAAGCUUAUCAAUAUUCUGACUGUGUACUCGUGUCACACAGAACACUGCGCAAUCAAUGCCUCCGCGGUGCGGUGGCUUUGGGUAAAUUCUAAAUUAAACUUCAAUUGAGGUUUUGUCCUCUGUUCCUUCUGUUUUUCCUUGGUGAUACUGUGCCUUUGGGCCUUCCACAGCAGCUGCCACUGCCGUUUGUUUGAAAUGGUCAACGGAAUGCGACCAGUUUUGCCGAAGUAAGCAUCCAGCGAAACAAACUGUUCGUUGCCAUGAAGGCCGAAUUGCAAACCGUCGAAAAACAAUGUUAUCGAAAAAUUGGUGCCUGGAGCUGGGACUGCUGGGGACGCCUUUGGAAAAAAAGGUCGCAAAAUCAAUCACUUUUUCCAGUUUGCAGCGCAUAUCAUAUAUGUAUGAUGAUCAUGUGCAUGCGCUAAUCCAGUUGAGUCAGACUAACUGAUCGGAAGGCAGUGACAAUGCAAGUUCGCACUGUCAGAAUCAAUUACGUACCAACGAAAUGACAGUAGCCUUUUAUGUGGACCUUGGAUUAGGAAGGACACUUUAAGAUUGGAAGUGCGACUUGGGGCGAAAUCCAUUUAUAAUUACCUCCGUUACUCGUAGAGUGUGUAAUAGGGUAUGUUGUGUUCGUUGAAAAAUAUAUAACAGGUGAACAAGAUCUGUCUGUCCGUAUGAACUUAACGAGUUUCUUUUUUUUGUAUUUAUUAAAAUAAAAUGAUUAUCCAUUGUAAACAUUGCAAACAAACUUAUUUAUUAAAAUAAAUAAAUUGACGAAGGCAAGCUUCGAAUGUUUAAAUAUUUUAAUUUGCAUUUCAGUCUCACUGUCCUUGCCCACUGAUGUGCGUGCUCAAUUCGCAAUACGGGAA